AUAUAAUUCAAAAUUUCCAAUGUGUAAGUGUAAAUAAAGAAAGUGUGUUGUAUUUAUCCAUUUCUUUCUUAUCAUAUUGGAGAAGAUAUUAUCAUAUCUGUCUGAUUUGUGUAAAACCGCUGAAGUCAAAUGGUGAAUCGUUCUCGGAGUGUUGGUACCUGACGGAACAAAAAGGGGAUCUCAAUGGAUAACACCAAACCUCUUAUCGAACUGGAACCAGACGAUGAUGGCAGAAUCAGAAGAACCGGGAAUGUGUUGACGGCAAGCACACACAUUAUAACUGUGGUGGUAGGGGCAGGGGUGCUGGCUCUGGCAUGGGCUAUGGCACAACUAGGAUGGAUAGCUGGCAUAGGAAGUAUCGUGACCUUUUCAGCUAUCUCUAUUUUCACUUACAGUCUUGUAGCCGAUUGUUACAGAUAUCCAGACCCUGUCACUGGCCAGAGAAAUUAUACUUAUAUGCAGGCUGUCAAGGCUUACUUAGGUGGAAGAAUGCAUGUGCUUUGUGGACUGGUUCAAUAUACCAAGCUCGCUGGGAUCACGGUGGGCUACACAAUAACUUCCUCCACAAGCUUGGUAGCAAUAAGGAAAGCAAUUUGUUUCCACAACGCUGGAAAAGCAGCUUCCUGCAAGUUUUCCAACAAUCCCUUCAUGAUCGGCUUUGGGAUUUUGCAAAUUUUUUUGUCUCAGAUUCCAAACUUUCACGAGCUUACAUGGCUCUCAACUGCUGCUGCCAUCACCUCUUUUGGUUAUGUAUUCAUUGGUAGUGGGCUAUGUCUAUCGGUCGUCCUCUCAGGUAAGCGUUUUUCAGUUUUCACCAUUAAUUUUAUCAAAAUAAUUGAAUAUUAGUCACCAAAAUUUACUUAUACAACUAUCUGUUUUAGUUUUUCAUUGUCGAUAUA